UGGGCGGGACCAGGGUCUGGGCGGGGCCAAACGGAUCUAGCGCCUCGCGCCCGGGAAGACCCUGGCACUCUCGGCGCGGCGCUGUGACUUAGAAGCUGUGGCCUGGGAUCCCGAGUCAACAUGGCCGCGGUGCUUAGGCGUAGCUGCGGGGUCCUAAAAAGUCUUUCUCGUUUUGACUGGAGAUCACAACAUACAAAAGCUGCCCUACAGCAUGAACCAAGAUUGGGAUUUAAUUUUGAGCUCACUGAACAGCAAAAAGAGUUUCAAGCUACUGCUCGUAAAUUUGCCAGGGAAGAAAUAAUCCCGGUUGCUGCAGAAUAUGAUAAAACUGGCGAGUACCCUGUCCCCCUAAUUAAAAGAGCAUGGGAACUUGGUUUAAUGAAUACACACAUUCCAGAGAGUUGUGGAGGUCUUGGACUUGGAAUUUUUGAUGCUUGUUUAAUUACUGAAGAAUUGGCUUAUGGAUGUACAGGGGUUCAGACUGCUAUUGAAGCAAAUUCUUUGGGGCAAAUGCCUCUUCUUAUUGCUGGAAAUGACCAACAACAAAAGAAGUAUUUGGGGAGGCUGACUGAGGAGCCAUUAAUGUGUGCUUACUGUGUAACAGAACCUGUAGCUGGCUCUGAUGUAGCUGGUAUAAAGACCAAAGCAGAAAGGAAAGGAGAUGAGUAUAUUAUUAAUGGUCAGAAGAUGUGGAUAACCAAUGGAGGAAAAGCAAAUUGGUAUUUCUUGCUGGCUCGUUCUGAUCCGGAUCCAAAGGCUCCUGCUAAUAAAGCCUUUACUGGAUUUAUUGUGGAAGCAGAUACUCCAGGAGUACAGAUUGGAAGAAAGGAAUUAAAUAUGGGUCAGCGAUGUUCAGAUACAAGAGGAAUUGUCUUUGAGGAUGUGAAAGUGCCUAAAGAAAAUGUUUUAAUUGGUGAGGGAGCUGGUUUCAAAAUUGCAAUGGGAGCUUUUGAUAAAACCAGACCUCCAGUAGCAGCUGGUGCUGUGGGGCUAGCACAAAGAGCUUUGGAUGAAGCUACCAAGUAUGCCCUGGAGAGGAAAACUUUUGGAAAGCUGCUUGUAGAGCACCAAGGAAUAGCAUUUUUGCUGGCUGAAAUGGCAAUGAAAGUUGAACUAGCUAGACUGAGUUACCAGAGAGCAGCUUGGGAGAUUGAUUCUGGUCGCCGAAAUACCUACUAUGCCUCUAUAGCAAAGGCAUUUGCUGCAGAUACUGCAAAUCAGUUAGCUACUGAUGCUGUGCAGAUUUUUGGAGGCAAUGGAUUUAAUACAGAAUAUCCUGUAGAAAAACUAAUGAGGGAUGCUAAGAUCUAUCAGAUUUAUGAAGGUACAGCACAAAUUCAAAGACUUAUUAUAGCCCGUGAACACAUUGGCAGGUAUAAAAAUUAAAGAGAUAGCUAUAGAAAAUUAAUUGUUGAGUGAUUAGAAUACAAUCUACUGUUUAAGCUCCAAAGAAGAGAAAGAGCUUUAAGAUUUUUUCUGGUAAAACUUUAAAAUAAGUACUCUUUAACUAAACCGAUGCAGCUGAUUCUAAUACUAGUUUUCCACUUUUGUUUAACUUUAUGACUUGCUUUUCCUCAGAAAGAUUAGGUUUCAUUAAAAUGAUGUGUUACCUUUAGUACUACUGUACUUGAAUUACAUUAACCUAGAAAAGUACAUUUGUUUUGUUAGGUUAACCACUUAAAGUAACAGAAGUUCUUUGGAUUUCAGUAUUUUUCCAAUGACAUUUUUGAAAAGUGGGCUUAUAAAAGUAUUCAGAAUGUUCCAAAAUUUACAUUGAGGAAGCAUUAUAGGAUUUGGAUGCCAUCAUAUAACUUGCUAGUGUCUUUGUAGACUUAAUGGUAUUAUAUUGGGGGAGUUCAUUUUGCUACAAUUUGGAAAGCAUUUGUUUUCAGUUUUGUACAAUAAUACUCAAAAAUUUGAUGUUCAUAUUUUCUCACCAUACAAUGACCAGAAGUUAUUGAAAAUCUUGUUUAAUUAUGAAUCUACAUUUCACUUGCCUUAUUUAGAAAUAAAUCAACAAAAUUUGCCUUAAAAUAUUUUUAUAUGAGUCCUGGUAUCUGGGUAGGCUUUGGUCUACAAAUUUGUAUACAAUCUCAUUUCAUGUGCAUACAUUAUAAAAAUAAAUAAAAUUUUUGAGUGCCAAUUAGUAUAUCUGUUUGUAUUCUUUCCAGGAAGUUUUAUUACUUCAUGUAAUAGUGUAUGCUUGAUUUAUUUACUGUGAUGAAAAAAAGUCAUGUUCUGAUUUUGAACUGCAUGAAGUUACCUUCUCAUUUUUCACUAGAUGAUAUUAUUAGACAUCUCAAAAAAUAUAAAUAAAAAAUAAUAUAAGAAA